AUGGAAAAAGAGGAGUUGAAAAAUUUUAGCAUCAUAAAUAAUAGAGGAAUAGAUUCUCCUUUAAAUGCCUCCUGUGAUAAUAUAAUUGAUAAAAAUGGAAAUAUAAUAUAUAAAAAUUAUAAUAACUUAUACAAAUUAACUUAUAAACAUAUUUAUAAAUACAAAAGAAUCACAUGUAUAAGUACAGACACUAUAUAUGAUCAUAAUUACAAUGCCUAUACUCCUCUAUAUCAUUAUUAUUAUAUCGACAAUGGAUUGAAUGUAAAUCAUACUAAGGCACUUAAGGAAGGAGACAAAACUGAUGAAGCGUCUAAUGAAAAGGUUGAAAAGGUUGAAAAACGUGAAGAUACAGAAAAAGUUGAAAAGGUUGAAAAACGUGAAGAUACAGAAAAAGUUGAAAAGGUUGAAAAACGUGAAGAUACAGAAAAAGUUGAAAAGGUUGAAAAUGGCGGCACAUGUAAUGAAUACACUGAUGAAUGCACUGAUGAAUGUAUUGACGAAUAUGUUGAUGAAAAUGCUUAUAAUAUAAAAAGUACUAAACAAAAAUGUUUAAGAUAUAAUUUAUAUGAAUUAUUGUUAUUACGAUUUUUAAAUUAUAAAACAGAUGAAGAGAACGAUUCCAAUGAUAUAUUAAAUCAUAGUUUUUUUAUAAAAGAAAAUAAAUAUAUUCGAGGAGGUUCUAAUAAAUAUGUUAGAGAUGGAUAUAACUCAAAUAUACAUGAUAAUUCAUUUUCAUACAACUCUAAUAAUAAAGGAGAAAUAGGUGUAGGACAUACUAAUUACAAUAUUUCAAAUUCGAGUAAUAAUCAUUAUGGAAAUUAUGACACAGGAAAUAAUAAUAAUUAUAUAGGGUCUCAAAAUGGAAACUUCAACUAUACAAAUAAUUAUAAUAACAAUCUUAGAACAAAGAGUGGAUAUAAUCAUGAUAAGUUUGACAUACCCAAUAAACAUUCAAAUAUUUCAUUAAAUAAUAUGAAUAAUUAUAAUUCAAAAGCUUUUAAAUAUAUUGAUGAUAAUUGUUACAAUUUGCCAUUAAAUAAUAUAUAUAUAGAUAUGGAUGGCAAAAUGCAUUUAACAGAACAAGAAAGGAAUAACGGAUCAGGAUAUAAUAGCAACAUGCAUUAUGGAAAUAAAUAUGAAAGAAAUAGCCACUAUCAAAAUAAAGAAAAUGACAACUAUCAAUAUCAAUCACAUUAUUUACAAUAUUCACCAGCUUAUGAGCGUAUCGAUAAAAACGAUCCAGACAAAUAUUGGGAUAAUCCAUUAAUGUAUGGAAAAAAAAAUAAUCAAGAAAUAUUUACACUUGGUGAUAUUAAAAAAUUUUCAAAAAAAAAUGAAAGAGAAAAUGAUAUUAGAGGAAGUAAUUAUAAUAAACCAAAUGCUGAUAUAAUUAAUGAAAAUAAAAAAAUGAAUGAUGAUCAUUUUGUAAGUGGUAGAUUAAAAAUAGGUAAAGAAAUAAAUGAAAAUGAAAAUAAUCAAGGAACCCAUCGAAAUAAUAGUUAUGCCAUAUUUAAAGACAAUGAUGAAGAAAACUUAGCAAAAAGUAAUUUUGCAAAAUGGUUUAAAAAUAAUCAUAUAGAUGGAAAGGAUAAUGUAGAUGUAAUAAAAUAUGUGAACACCAAGAAUAAAACAGGAACAGAAAUUGGAGUACGAUAUAGUAAUAAUAAUCCUGGUGGGGUACCAAAUCAUGAAGGAGGAGAAAUAUAUAGUAGACUUCCAGAAAACACAAAUAAUAACAAUAUAAAUUAUGCAUAUACAAAUGAAAAUAUGUCUAACAUGAACAAUACGGAAUCAAAACAAUUAAGUAAUACAGUUGCAGAACUUGUUAUGAAACAAAUAUCACUAAUUAAAGAACGAAAUAAAAAUAUAGAAGAUAUUGAAAAACAAAAUUCUUUAAAUAUGUAUGAAAAUAAUUGGAAAAAUAGUAACAGUUUUAAAAAUGGAAGCAAUAUUAUUGGACAAGCACAAGAUAAUAAUUUAUAUAUAAAAGAUGGAGGUAAAAAUAUAAUGGAUAUUUUAAAAAAUUUAAACUCAAAUAAAUUUUCACAUGAAUCAAUGGAACAAGAAAUAAUUAGACGAUCAACCAUAGGAAUAGGAAAUGAACAUUAUGGAUUUCCUAUAAAUAAUGAUCAAUAUAAUUAUCGAAAUAAUAAUAAUAAUAAACAAUAUUCUAUGGAUAUUUCUAAUCCUAAAAAAAAAUUCUAUGAUAAUAAUAUAAAUGAAGUUAAUAAAAAUAAUAUGAGUAUAGAUUACAUGAUGAUGAAUAAAAAGAUAGCAAAUAAUGUUGGCAUAAAUAAUGGACAUAUAAAUAUAAAUGAUAGUCCCAAUUUAGUAUCUCGAAAUAAUUAUAAUUCGGAAUAUUAUUUAAACCAUGAUAAUAACAUAAAUUAUAAUUCAUAUAAAAAUAAAAACACACCACAAGGAAAUAUAAAUAUUACACCAAUUAUAAAUUCUUUAUUACGAGUAGAAAAUGAUAAUAUAUAUAAUGAUAAUAGUAGGACAACAGUACCUCAUAUUAAUAAAGGAGAUAUAGGUAUGGGUUAUUCUAUAAGUGAAAAUAUACAAAAUGCAAAAGUUAAUAAUGUUUUAGAUUCUUUGAAAUCGUUGUUAAAAGCUUCACAAAAAGAUAUGGAUGGAAAUAAUAUCAUGGGAUCACACUUAGGAAAUUUAACUCAUAAUUUAGGGAACAAUCGAAUAUACAAUAAUACCUCAAAUUUUAAUCAACAAAAAAAUCCUGUACAAAUAAAUAAAUAUACAAACUAUCAUUCACAACAAUAUUAUCCAACUCAAUAUAAACAAGAAUACAGACAUCAUCAAAAUUUAAAUUACAACGAUUUCAAUAAAAAAAAAAUAUAUAAAAAAGAUAAACAUAUUUCUAAAUACUCAAAAUCGGAUAUCCCCACCAAUGAAUCAUUAACUAUUCCAUUGACAGAUGAAAAUUAA